UGGUGAAUUAUUUCAGUCUGGAAGCCAACCUAGCAUCUUACCCCUCUCGCAAUCUGCAGGGACCUCUCCUCCGAGUUUUAUAGCAAAGUUGACAGUUGCUUUAAAUUAGAGCGGCUGGCUGCUGUUCAAGUCAAUGAGUGGGAGUUUAUUUAGCUGGAAAAUACAGUUCCAAAACUUGGAGAUAGAGCUACAAAGGAGCCCGGAGAAGUCCACCAUUUGACAGUUCUUGUUUGGGAAAGAAUUUUCAGACAUUUGUCAUAAUCUGUAUUUCUGUGAAUUUGAAAAGGCAUGUUGCCAUUUCCUGAAGACGUAUAAGACUGAUUUGGAAAAUUUGGGAUCCGCUUCUCUGCAACAAGCACCAAGAAUGUUUGUGUUCCUCUAUGUCACAAGCUUUGCCAUCUAUACGAGUGGGCAAACUCUCUUCAGCCAUUUUAAAGGAGAAAAUUAUUCAACAAAAUAUGUUUGUAGCAUACCUGGAUUGCCAGGUCCAGCAGGUUCUCCUGGAAAUCAAGGAUCACCUGGACCUCAUGGGCGCAUUGGUAUCCCAGGACGAGAUGGUAGAGAUGGCAGGAAGGGAGAAAAGGGUGAGAAAGGAAAUGCAGGUUUAAGAGGAAAGACUGGCCCCGUAGGACAACCAGGAAUGAAAGGAGACCAAGGAGAACCUGGUAAAAAAGGACCCAAUGGAUCAGGUGGUUUUAAAGGUGACAUAGGUCCUGUUGGCCCAGCAGGCUCAAAAGGGGAGAAAGGAGAAAGAGGAGAAACAGGCUCACCGGGAGUCUGUAAGUGUGGAAAAAUAAUACUAAAAUCUGCCUUCUCUGUUGGGAUUACCACAAGUUACCCAGAAGAAAAAAUACCAAUUGUCUUCAAUAAAGUACUCUUCAAUGAAGGAAGUCAUUACAAUCCUUCAAAUGGGAAGUUCAUAUGCGCCAUCCCAGGAAUAUAUUACUUCUCAUAUGAUAUCACUUUGGCAAAUAAACAUCUUGCCAUUGGCCUUGUCCAUAAUGGAAAGUUCAGAAUAAAAACAUUUGAUGCCAAUACUGGAAACCACGAUGUAGCUUCUGGGUCAACAGUGAUUUAUCUUCAGCCAGAAGAUGAAGUAUGGCUUGAGAUCUUCUACACUGAUCAGAAUGGCCUCUUUGCUGAUCCCAGAUGGGCAGACAGUCUGUUUUCAGGAUUUCUCUUAUAUGUUGAUACAGACUAUCUUGACACCCUGUCAGAUGAAGAUGAACUGUGAUGUUAGAAAUGGGCGAGGAGAUCUAAAUGAACAUAAGAAAACGCACAGAAUGGGAUCUCCAUCAUUAAUACCACAAUACAACAAAAGAUUAUUUUGGAAUUUUGAUUUUGCGGUCAAGGAUCCAAAAGUAGAAGACUCAUUGCCUAGGUGGUGUUUUUUCCUGGGUGACUGUUGUUAUUUUUAUUCUACAGAU